AUGACUUGGCCCACAAAGGUGGACCGGGCUUAUGUCGUAUGCAAGCACUGCACGGGCCAAUGGAUCUAUCAGGACCGUAUCCACAAGUGGCCGGAGUGCAAGGCAUGUGGGAGACAGUGGGGCGUCCCCGCUGCACCCCAGCGACACUCCCUCCCCAGGAAGCCUAGGGGCGGAAGUGAGGCUCCAAAGCAGAAAUGGGGUAAAGCUGGGGGAUUAGUGCGCAAGUUUUGGGACCAGUUUCCCAUGGAUGUGCAGACCGCUUUCCUGGCGGCAGGCUGGCAAUCAGGUGUGGUCGACCCUCCACCGGGUCUCUCCCCGGAGAGCCAGGGGAGUCAAGGAUCCAGUCAGACCGGCGCUGAAAAAGAGGACCAGGAAGCUGUGCACCAAUUAUGGGAAAACGCGGAUCCCAUGCAGCGUGAACUCCUCAAAAAGGCGGGCCUUGAGCCGCCCAAGGAACCACAGAAAGGCCUGGAGGAGCUCUGUAGACAGUACGCGGCUGAUCUACCGCCGGCUGUGAGGGCGGCCCUUACAAGCCCGGUGGAGCCCCCAAAGCCGAGCCCUAAAGACGAACUGUAUCAGAUGUUGAGCACCUACACAUCGGCGAUGCAGGGACUCAAAACCUUAAUCCAAAAGAAGGCUGCGCUGCAACUUCGGAUUGACAAGACCAAGGCCACGUACAGCAGCUUGCUUGAAGACAUGAAAGACAUGUGCCGCAAGGUCGAUGAUCAGAAUGCUAAGGUUGAGGAGUUGCAGAAAGGAUUGCAGCACCAGGUGCCGACACCAACUGAUUUGCAGGAGCCCGGCAAGGGAGCGCUUCAGGUAGAUGAGGGCCUUCGGGCCCUGGAAGCAGCCGGAGUCACUUUGAGCCCCGAAACUAAGAAAGCUUUCGUGCAGGCCCUUACCCAAGGGAGCCAGCCUGAGAAGGAUGACAAGCCGGGGAACGGCAACGGGCCACCGGGACAGGACAUGCCAGCACCAAAUGGACAGGGAGGCUUUGGCCCGGUGCGCAGUCCCGGAAACCAUGGUGCGCAUCCGUAUGGGCAGCAGGCUGCAGAGUAG